GCUGCACAGGUUGCAUUUCCAAGGCCGGUGGAGGAUGUGCAGGUGGCGUUCACGCUCCGCGGCCGUGCGGAACUUGCCUUUGCAGAAGGGGCAACGGAAGGCAGAAACAGGAUGGCCAACUGCUUCCUGCCUCUCUGAAGAAGUAGCCAGAGCCACAAGUCAGAAAACUUAAGCUCCCAGGAGGGAGUAUAGUUUGGGGGUUCCAGUAAAGUCAUGGAGGAGGAAGAGAUCCAAUCUGUAGAAGAGAGGCAGGCGAUCCGGGAAGAAAAGUUGAGGCAUUGGGCCCAACACAGAGAGAAAGGACCUCUUCUGGUGUUAUCGGUGAGCCAGGUGUGGAUGGCUGUGGCUUCUGUACUCUUUGCUAUAACCACUGCAUGCCUAGAAUCAGACUGCCACCUGAAUGGAGCGGUGCCCCUCUGGCCAGGAGUUUCGGGACUGCUUACUGGGAUCUUGACCCUAGAACUUCAAAGGACACCUAGACUCUGGAAGGUGAGAGCCAUGAUGAUACUCAACUUAUUUGGGUUGAUCCUGGGGCUUGUUGUUGUUGUGGUCCAGGGGAUGAAGCUGGCCUUACUACAGUCAACCUCCUACCAGUGGGUUGGCUGGAUGAUGCUGAAAUUGAGUGCAGAGGCCUUCACCUUAGGGGGAGCUCUGGCCUCAGCCUUUUCCCUCUUCCUGCUGAGCCAAAGAAAGCCAGGAUGCUGUGGUGCUCGGAGACUACGCUAUCAGGAGCUGCAGGAGGGACUUUCAGAAAUGGAAGAAGUUAAAGGUAUCGAAAAUAUUCCGUCUGAGGCUAACCCAGCAAACGAAUGAGCCAGGAGAAACGGAGGAGAGCUCCUAAAGUGCUUGUUGAGAGCACCCAGUGGUCCCAGUAUCACCCUAUGCAGAUUCUGAGGCCCAGGGUGAGGAAACAGGAAUGGCUCCUCCACUCCCACCCCCUACAGCUGGGAUACUAGCUUCCUGCAUUGUCCUCCAGCCACCUCUACUGCCUGGGCGGUUGGAAAACAACCAGAAGCACCCAAAUGCCAACAAAGGAGGUGAUCACUUCUUCAAUCUGGCUCGAUCCUAGGCAUGGCUUUUCCCUUUCCCUGCCCAGUCAGAUUUGUGCUUGGGACUCCCUCAGGGGGAUGCUACUAACUGCCCCAAUCCCUAAUCCUGUGAAAACUGGACUACUGCAUCCUGAAUUCCUCUGACACCUGUUGCUAUUCCAUUUUAUGUAUGAAUCCCUCCCCCAGUCGUACUCUGAUUCUAUCCCCCUCCAUCCAUCCAUUCCCAACCAUUCUUCUAUCCAGUUUCUACCCUCGGGCUCCAUUAUCCCAUUCAUCACAUUCCAACCCUCCACAUUCAAUACCUUCCCCCAUCAGCCACAAGCAACCCUUUGCUAAGGAAGGAGGCAAAGAACUACAAAUCCCAGCAGAUGCUCUUACCGCUUUGCAUGCUGGGAAAUAAAGGUCCUUCUCAGUGCAA